UUGCUGACGGUCACUUCACGUUGCAUCAGAGCUGAGAGUGCAACACACAGAGCGACCCUUAUGUAGACCCUCCUCCUGGAGAAGGUGGCGCAUAAAACCGGUGACCCGCCCCUCCCGGACAGGUCCAGUCUGGCCCGACGCGCUCGUGCUGCUGAGGUUUAUGGAUGCUUCAGCAGUCCAGCAUCAUCCUCAGCUCUCAGCGGAAUCGGUUCCGGUCCGGACGGCUGUGAUCGCUCUGUCCUCAGAAGAACACAGAGAGACCUGCCAUGGCAAACAGAGGGCCCAGCUACGGACUGAGCCGUGAGGUGCAGGAGAAGAUUGAUCAGAAGUAUAAUCCUGACCUGGAGCAGCGCUUGGUGGACUGGAUCAUUGCUCAGUGUGGAGGGAACCUGGAGAAACCACAGCCGGGGAAGCAGAACUUCCAGACAUGGCUGAUGGAUGGAACAAUUCUAUGUAGACUCAUCAACAGCCUUUACCCAAGAGGAAAAGAACCCAUUAAAAAGAUUGCAGAGACCCAAAUGGCCUUCAAACAAAUGGAGAAGAUCUCCCAGUUCCUGCAGGCAGCAGAAGCUUAUGGAGUCACCACCACGGAUAUCUUUCAAACAGUGGACCUCUGGGAAGGAAAAGACAUGGCAGCGGUGCAAAGAACGCUUAUGGCUCUGGGGAGUCUGGCUGUCACGAAAGAAGAUGGUCAAUACAGAGGUGACCGAGACUGGUUCCACAGGAAAGCUCAAGGGUACCGACGAGAGUUUACCGAAGAGCAGCUGCGUCAGGGCCAGAGUUUAAUUGGCCUGCAGAUGGGCAGCAACCGUGGAGCAUCUCAAGCUGGCAUGACAGGCUACGGCAUGCACCGUCAGAUCAUGUAACACAAGCUAACGUGCCCCCUCCUGCUUCCAGACUUUCUUUUCUACUAAUACCACUAAUGUCGUAGCUCCAAAACUUUCCUAAACUUUGUAGCACCUGCCAGAUUAACCUCAAUUUCCCUGGAAUUGCUGCUUAUUCCUCCCACUAUCUUUUGUUCAAUUCUUUUAAAGUAAAUCAAAACUAUGUUAACUGCUGUAGAUUUCCUAAUUCAGGGGUAGGCAAUCCUGGUCCUCGAGUGCUGCGCUGGUUUUUUCCAUCACAGCUGAUUUCAAUCAGCAGGUGAUAAACACACUUUUGCAGAGCUUGGUGACCUGCUGAAAAGGUGAUUCAACCACUGAAUCAGGAGUGUUGCACCCAAAACAGGGAUAUUCAAUUCUGGGCCUGGAGGGCUGGUAUCCAGCAUGUUUUAGUGGUUUCUUUGCUCCAGCACACUUGAUUCAGUGGUUGAAUUACCUGUGCAGCACCUCAUCAGGCUCUGCAGAAGCCUGAUAAUUACCUGCUGAUUUAAAUCAGGUUUGUUGAAGCAGAGUUAACACCAAAACGUGCUCCAGGCCUCCAAGCCCAGAUUUAAACCCCCCUGAACUAAAACAUGCUGGAUGUUAUUGCAGAUGGAUUUUAUACUUUCAGUGUUCAAAUGUUGACUUAAUUCAUGUUAUUCAGUUAAAUCUCAUGUUCUGAAGAACAUACGAUGCACAUCACCAACAUAUUUUCAGAGAUACUGUAAGUGACUGUUACGGCAUGUUGUAUUUACUGUUAUUUAAAUAUUUUAUAUAUUUUACUUUAGUCAUUAUAGAAUGUCCCGCUGUGUAGUUAUUUAACCUUAAAGGGAAAAUUCUUGUCUUUUGAAGUGGGGAUCUAUGGAAAGAUUACAAACAAACAACAUUUUACCUGAUUUAUGUAAUAUAUGUUUUUGAACAGCCUUGGUUUGAAGAAAUAGAGAUUAUUUUUGGCCAAACUGAUGAGCUAUAGUUCAAUAAAUUGCUGUUGUCUUAAAACAAACUUAGACGCAGAUCAAUGAGACAGAGAACUGAGUCAGAUUUUAAAAUGUAAUCAUGCAAACAAACAGCUGACAUGGCAGCAAGAAAAAUACAAUUAUUUGUUAAAGUGUUGCAGGAGAUCCAGUGAAAACAACAGGGAGGCAAACAGUGUGUUUACAUGCACAUCUAGGUUGAUUUAGGUCGAUCUAAAGAAAUAAACUAGGAGCCUUUAUCCUAGUUUACGUGUAUAUUAGAAAACUGAAAUGUCAAAUGAGGAUCAUUACACUCCGGUACAGUAGGUGGCGACACGUACCUAGUAUCCACAUUCUUCUGGUUAGCUUAUGGCAACACAAAUAGUAGACUAAUGCUGGUGGGAGUGAAGCAAAUGAAGUUAAAACAGGAUGUGGACAAUGGUUGAAGGAAUGGACAACAACAACGCUGCAGCACAGUUUAUUUGCUACGCACUGCACUGUGUGAUGGAGAACACCAUCUCCACGGUCUUGUCACUACCAGCAGUUACCGGUAUCAGCUCGACUGAGGCGUUUACACGCAGAUGCAGUCGUUUUCCUCACGCAUUACCUGGGUGCUUCAGCAUGAUUACAACCAGUUCACCUUCAGGAAGAAUAAUGCAUUUAAACUUUUUCAAAAGUCAGUCUAUUUAGGGCAUUAAUUGGGUUUCUGAUGCACAUCUAAACACACUGACUGAGUGCAGAAACUAAGGACUAUUUCUGCAGAGAGGAGUGAUCCUGGAAUGAGAAGCAGCUGGAUGAUUAUCAUAUGAAAAACGUGAGAAAAAAAACGUGUGAAUCUCUGUUUCUCCAAAGUCCAAAGAGCUUUCUGUAACUUCAAAAGAUCUGAACUGUCCCUUAAAGGAAGCUUGAUGAUGAUGUCUGAUAUCUUGUCUGAAGCCUUGUUGCAGUAUCUUCUGUAACCAAAUCAACCUCACAUUGUGCCUGGUUAAGGGACAUCACACACUAGUAUAUACUGGUCUCAACUUAUAAAUGAGUGUCAUUCAUAUUGAGCCACGCCCGUUUUUUGUUUUUCUGUUAGGCUACGUAUAAUUGUAUGGACUGUGUCGUAUUUGUGCACAGCGAAUCGUUAAAUGUGAAGUAGCCAACGAGUAUGACGUUAACAUUUCUGGUGCCAGGUUAACUCAAACAGCUUGAAUUUGCACCUUUAUGUGUGUUAUGUUUGUAAUUAUGGAAUAUAUUUAUAUCUGGAGGCUUGUAAGAAGAAGUAAUAAAGUAUGAGGAAAAAAGUAUUUGUCAGUCUUACAUAAUGUUGUCAUUGUGCAAUGCCAGGGGGUGUAGUGUGCUGCAUGCUGAGUGUUAGCAUUGGGGCUGUGCCCUUUUUUUUUGUCCUUAUCCUGGUUCCAGUUCCUCCCUUUCAGCCCGUCAUUCCUCUUACCUAUUCUCACUGUGCAAAAUCUAAUAAAGCAUCAACAGAACAGCAUAACGGUUUGGAUGCUGGUGCCCGAUUCAAGUCAUAACAACAGUACGUCUUUGUCUGGCAGUAAGAUAUUAAAGCCCCUGUGCUCACUUGAUGCUUCAUAAUUGGUCCUAUCUUUGUAGAAGGUGGUGCACAAACAGAAGCUCCACCAAAACUGUCAUUAAACACUUUAAGGAAGA